GUGCUUCCAUUAGAGAAUAAAAUGAAAUAUCCAAAUGAUUUUAAAAAGGUUUUAUAUGCCGGAAUGAGCUUAGUCACUGGACUAUAUUUAUCUAUGGGCAUUCUGGGAUAUCUAUGUUUUCGUUCAAGUUUAAAAGACACCAUUACGUUAGAUUUGCCAGAGAAUGAAGGGAGACUGGUUAAUGCAUUUCUAAUUUUAACUCAGCUUGGUUUCUGUUGUGUUUAUUUUGUGUUCAUGGCUGAUAAUCUUCAACAGUAUCUGAUAAGGGAGAUUAUAAAUAAAACCCACACUGAUAAAGCACUAGUAUAUGUUGCUGGAAUCAGUGAUUUGCCGAUAUUCUUUGGUUCUGCUAUCUAUGCUUUUGAAGGCAUUGGUGUGGUGCUUCCAUUAGAGAAUAAAAUGAAAUAUCCAAAUGAUUUUAAAAAGGUUUUAUAUGCCGGAAUGAGCUUAGUCACUGGACUAUAUUUAUCUAUGGGUAUAUUGGGAUAUUUAUGUUUUCGUUCAAGUUUAAAAGACACCAUUACUUUAGAUUUGCCAGAGAAUGAAGGUCUUUACUUAGCUGUGAAGAUUCUUUUUUCCGGUGCUAUAUUUGUCAGUUAUGGUUUGCAGUUUUAUGUACCUGUCGACAUUAUAUGGCCAACUUUUAAAAACAAACUACCAGAGAAGUACCAAGUGUUCGGGGAAUACGUCUUCCGAACAAUACUUGUUAUUAUCACGCUGCUACUUGCCGUCAGUAUUCCCAAAUUAGGCUACUUUAUCUCAUUGGUUGGAUCCUUAGCAAGCAGUGCUCUCGCCUUGAUAUUUCCACCAAUCCUAGAAGAGCUUACAUUUUAUAAAGGUUACAGUGGCAUGUCGAAGUUGAGGCUUUUAAAAAAUGUUUUAAUAAUCACUUUCGGACUGUUGGGAUUUGUUACUGGAACAUUUGUGUCCAUUCUUGACAUUGUUGAAGCGUUUUUACCGCCUUCUCCAACGCUCGCACCAUCUGUAGUGAAUACGACACUACCUUUACCAUUUACAACAUGAUUCACGGGGUGGUGGAUUGCAAAACACUUACAUUAUCGAUAGCCGUAACAUCAGGCAUUAUGUUAGACUACUGACAAUGGAAUGAACGGAAAAGAUGAAUGAUUGGUGAUGAUUAUGUCCUGUAUGUUAAAAAUGCAUUUAUUGCAUUUAUUUGAUACAGUGUAGCCAUCAUAUUUUAAUUCAAAUUCUAAGCUGUGAGUUUUAAAACCAUGCCUGCCACCAAAUCAUAUUUACAAUUUCACCAUUAUUAUUAUUAAUCACUAGAGUUAGUAUAUUUCCAGAAUGCAACAAUUAAGUUGUGCAUGAAUGGGUAAUGUUAUCCUGAUGUCCACAAAUGUACUUACAUUCUUAUAAUUUGACAUCUAUUAUCUAAAUGAAAAAUGUACAAUAUAGGGUGGGGUCCAGCCACUUGUAACAGUGACCUACCCAAACACUUCCAUUUUACAAACUUUUACAUGUUGUUUUGCCUUUUAACAUGGCGAACUUAGUAGUCUGUCAAGGACAGGUUUUCCUGGUGCUUCCUGAUUUGUUUAAUAAUAUCUUUAAUUAGUAUGGUAUAGUAUGGAAGUGCAAAUAUUGGUAAGCUCAUUUUUUUUUUUUUGAAUUAUUAUUCACUUUAAGGAUUCGUGAAAGGGCUGAAUCACUGCAUGCCAAAGAACACAUCCAUGUAAACGAAAUUAGCAUACAAGUCUUGUGCAGUGAUAGACAUUUGUUAUGUCAGCUAUAUUCCCACAUUCAGCACUCAAGUAUUUCACCUUAUACUGAUGUCUACAUCUUUGAUUGAUACAAAACUCUGGUGGUAAUCUCUCAUUCCCUGUUGGCAUCGAACUAAGAGAAAAUACUAUGUGAUUUAUAUACAGAUAUUGCAUAUAUAUAUCAAAGAAUUUCUGUCAUUUCCCGUAAAGUCUCUUACAGUUAUAGUAUUGAAAAAAAAAAUGUUUGUUCUACAAUUUGUCACAGUUUUAGUUAUCUUUGUAGAUACCCUCCUUUGUGAGUUAGGUACAGCAGGUUGUACACUCCUUUGAAACAAAGUUUGUGAGAAAAAUUUCUGCACACAUCAAUUUUUUUUCUUCAGGGAAUAGACAUUGUAAUUCUAAUGUUAGCACAGUACU